GAAAAACAAGAAAUGGCCGCCGAUUAAAAAAUAUUGAUUCUGACAUUUAUUCUAAAAUAGAACCAAGACUCCAACGAAAUCAAAUAUUGCAUGCGUUUAAGUUGAUGUGUUAGUAAUUAAUUUGGAAACAAGCAUACCAAUAUGUCUGGAAGUCCGUGUAAAUUGGCUAAAAUUGACGUCUCUAAAAAGUUGGACACUUCGACGUCUGCAAAUAAAAAAGCUGAGUUAGACCAGGUAGAUGCUUCAAGACCAGGCAGUAGCAACAGUUCCCUUGCCUCUACCCCUUUAUCUCCAACAGCUAUAUACAGCCAUAGUAAGAAGUUCCCGGGACUCAAGCAAGCACCCAUGGAUGAGCGCUUUCAAGAGAUUGCAGGUGCAGUGCUUUCACAGGCGAAUGGUAUUGGAGGACGAGAUGAUAGUGCUGAACAUGAAAUAGCUGCUCCCUAUGAACUACCACAAUGUCCCAUAGAGGAGACACAGUUCCAUGAACAACAGAUUCAGAGACAGUUAAAUGUCAAGUUCCAACAGCAGCAAAGCAAUGAGACUAGUGAACGUGCCUACCAAGCAAUGGAGACUGAGAGGUUACAGGUGGAAGAUGAUGAAAUUCUAUUCCAGCGAGUCUCUAUAAGUGGAGAGGAUAACAGUGGGGUACCAUUGGAAGACUUGAAAGAAGCAUCUGAAGCAUUAGUGAAGGCCUUAAUGAUACGGGAAAAGUAUAUGGCAAUAGGCCUACAGUCAUUUUGCAAGACAGCAAGCAGAUUUCUCCAAGGUUUUGAAGAAAGACACAGUUAUGAUGAAUUCAUUGCCAAAGAUUGUAUUCAUGCAGAUAUGAAGAGCAUUGCAGACCAUCCAAUUCACCCCCCGUCUACAGCAGGUGACCCAUUUAAACUGGAGUUUUUGGACGACUGUGGAUGCAAGUUCAAAAUACAAGAUGGUGUAUAUAAGGUCUACAAGAAUAGCGAUACCUUUGCUAGAGAAGAGCCAGUUAAUGUUCCAUAUCCCAAACUACAAGAUUUUCUAAAGGAACAGAAUAUGCUGCUAGCUUUUAUCAGUGAUGGUCCCUUGAAGUCAUUCUGCUACAGACGUCUCAAUUAUCUCUCCUCAAAGUACCAGCUCCAUGUUUUGCUGAAUGAGCUGAGGGAAUCUGCAGCUCAGAAGGAAGUUCCACACAGAGACUUCUAUAACAUAAGGAAGGUUGAUACUCAUAUACAUGCUUCGUCAUGUAUGAACCAGAAGCAUCUAUUACGGUUUAUUAAGAAAACUGUGAAAUUAUAUGCUGAAGACAAGGCGUAUAUGGAUCCAUCUGGGCAUGAGCUCUCGCUGAAAGAAGUGGACACUCACGUACACGCUUCAUCUUGUAUGAAUCAAAAACACUUAUUACGCUUUAUCAAAAGUACAGUAAAACGCAAUCCUACAGACAUUGUUACGAAAAAUCGUGAAGGAGUGGAGCUUACCCUUAAACAGGUUUUUGAGAGUUUGAAUCUGACGCCCUAUGAACUCAGUGUUGACAUGCUGGAUGUGCAUGCUGACCGAAAUACUUUCCACAGGUUUGAUAAGUUCAAUGCUAAGUACAAUCCUAUUGGUGAGAGCAGACUCAGGGAGAUCUUCAUCAAAACUGAUAACUACAUUGGAGGAAAAUACUUUGCACAUGUCAUCAAGGAAACUUGUGAAGAUCUUGAGGAGAGUAAAUACCAGAAUGCUGAAUAUCGUCUGUCCAUAUAUGGAAAAAGUGCUGACGAAUGGGACAAACUAGCAAUAUGGGCCACAAAACACCAGGUCUACUCCGAUAAUGUACGAUGGCUGAUACAGAUACCCAGGCUAUUUGAUGUCUACAAGGCCAAAAAGCUUCUGAAUAACUUUCAAGAACUGCUUGAGAACAUAUUCCGGCCACUGUUUGAGGUGACUAAUGAUCCUAAAAGUCACCCACAAUUACACCAGUUCCUGCAGCAUGUUACUGGCAUUGACUCAGUAGAUGAUGAAAGCAAGACAGAGAAUCUUGUAUUUGACAAAGAGAGUCCUCUACCAGAGAAAUGGGCAUCAAAGGAGAACCCUCCCUACUCUUACUACCUCUACUACCUCUAUGCAAACCUCUCAGUUCUCAACAACUUCAGAAGAGAACGAGGUCUUCAUACAUUGGUGCUACGUCCACAUUGUGGGGAGGCAGGUCCAGUCCAUCAUUUAGUUACAGGGUUCAUGCUAUCAGAGAACAUAUCUCAUGGUCUGCUUCUUAGAAAGGCCCCUGUUCUCCAAUACUUGUACUAUCUAGCCCAGAUAGGAAUCGCAAUGUCGCCACUCAGCAAUAACUCCCUGUUCCUCAACUACCACAGGAACCCCCUCCCAGACUUCCUGGCCAGGGGUCUGAACCUCUCCCUCUCUACAGAUGACCCUCUUCAGUUUCAUUACACUAAGGAACCUCUGAUGGAAGAAUACAGCAUUGCAGCCCAGGUAUGGAAGAUGUCAUCAUGUGACAUGUGUGAGCUGGCCAAGAACAGUGUUGUCAUGAGUGGAUUUUCACACAAGGUGAAGCAGCAUUGGUUAGGCCCUAACUACACAAAGGAGGGUGUAGCUGGUAAUGACAUUAGCAGGACUAAUGUACCAGAUAUCAGGGUAGCAUACAGACACGAAACACUCGUUGAAGAACUUAAGACCAUAUGUACAGCAGCAAAGGCACAGCUCAAUGAAACAGCUAAUGGGAAUGGUGUUCAGCAGACCCAGUAAGAAGGAACAGUCGGGAACUAAUUGCAGUUGGUUUAUACUCAAUGGAUUAUUUUUAAAUGCAGUUCUAUGAUGUUUUAACAGAAGGCCGAUAACAGGAUAAUACAUGGCUCUUAUAUAAGCGUACAUACAGAGUAGUAUGUAUAGUAUAGAUUUGAACUGAAGCAAUGCUCUGAUAGAAUUGCUCGAAAUCCUAGUUGGCAUUUUGAGCACAAUAUUAAAGCUUUAAUACGUGGGAUAUAUUUCUUAAAGCAUUCCUAAAAGGAAUGCCUAUCUAUUGUUCUCAUAUGACAUCAUGGUCACCAUGGUUACAAAGAUAUCCAACAAUGGAUAUGUUUCAAGAAAUGGACCCCUAGAUGUUUAAAAAUAAAUUAUCAUGGAUACAUGGGAUUGAAAUAAUAUCCAGUCAUUUUCAUUUAGUGGAAUAGAACUGCAGAGGGCUUUGUGUUUUGAGUUCAUUAAUGCAAUUUCACAGUGUUCAGUUAAAAAAUGUCAUAUCACAAAAUUAAAUUUUUAAUGGAUAAAAAAUAAAGUACAUUUAUUGAAAGGGUUCUGCUAUUUUUUAUUAUCAAGAAAAUGAUUUUUUAAUUCAUGCUUGUGUUAUUUCACUCAUUUUUACUCCACUUUUGUGUUCAGUUUUACAUUUAAAUGUGUUCAGUUAGUAGAUAUUAGAGAAGGAAUCUUGGUGUAAGGAUCAUUUUAUCUGUGCCUAAAAUCGAUAAACAAUGUAUUUCAUUUUAAAACAGUGCAAUGUGAUUUACCAUCCAUAGAAAUGAACAGAGGCUGAUGCAUCAAAUAAAGAAUAAAGAAUGACUCCUCAUAUUCAGAAAAGGUUUAUACAGUCCAGUAUACAGAAGCAAGAAAUGGCUCAUUUUGAGAAUAUCUCUUUAUUCAAUUACAUGGAACACAAUAUCUCACUUAUUGCUGUUUUUGAUAAUCAUGCUUUUGAUAAUCAUGACUGGACUCAACUCAUAGGGGAGAUAUCUCUAUAGUAGAAUGAAUGUGAUAAAAACUAUUUUAAUUGUUGUUAUUAUUAAUAUUAAUAUGGAUAUAAGUUUUUCUUUAAAUAUGUUAUAUGUUAAUUCCUUAUUACUACAUGUAUAUCUAUAAAUUAUAUUUAUGAACUAUAUGAGGAAAUGAAUAAUAAAACAGUGCAGUAGUUAAAUAAUUGCAUAAAUUAUAUUUUUCUUAUGUAAAUUAAUAAGUACUAGAAUGCCUAGAGACAUGU